CACGGUGCAUCACAAAACUGGGAUGGCGCUGAGUUUCGAAGAUAUCACGGCUCUGCCUACAUCAUCUCUGAGACUUGUCGUGUCUUUUGGCCUGUUGCUCGGCUUGGCGUCUUGAUCGAUGUGGCCGAUGUCGUUCCCACAUCUACCGAAUGGACGAGCACGCCUCAAAUUCCAUACCGACCAUGGCACGAUGGACCUUAUCAUGUCACAAUGGGCCUGAAGAACAUGCGCGUACAAGACUGGAUUGAGAUAGACAACACUUACCUAGAAAAGUAUCACUUGAAGAAAUCGCUCUACCGAGGGCACAGAGAUGAAGUGCUCGUGGUUCAACCAGGGUGCGAGGACGCAUUGUUUGAGUCCGUCCACUAUCUCAAAGAAGUCCUAUGUAGAGGCUACCCGCAGAUGUUCCAGCUGCAUGCCCCGGACAUCAUUAAAAAUCGUGUGACAGGAGACGUUUGGGACCUUGCGCGAGAUGCCGAAACCUGGAAGACGCAUCAUCCUCUUGAGGUGAUGGGCCUUUUGGCCACAGAGGACUUCUUCAUCCUUCAAACUGAUCCAAGUUCUGGAGUCUCGACUCUGAAAGCAGCAGGAAGCUGUUUUCCAGGCAAGUUCAAUGCGUGGUGUCAUGGAAGAAGAGUACUGACAAAANNGUCUGUAGCUGGUUUCAAGAUCGAAGAACGUGUUGGAUGCUCGCUCUGGGAGAUCCAUGCGGGAAAGGUACCUCGAUACGAACAAAACCUAGCCAAGUCCAUGGACCGCUUUUUCCAGAAACUCAGGGUGGAUUCGCCGAUCCAACGCUUCAACUACGCGAUCGAUGAUUCCAGCGAGCUCUUUCAUAGACAUUCUCACCACAAUCUCGGCGACACAGAGAACAUCAGCAAGCCACAGCUUGGCGAUCUGCAUCUGCGUGUUGAAAGACAAACGCUGCAGAGAUUGCCAAAGUCGCGUGAUCUUCUCUUCUCAAUCCGCACGUACGUGACGCCGAUCCACGAAGUCACCAAGGACAAAGACAUUGCCCGAGCACUUCGCACUAGCGUGGAUAGCUAUGGGAAGGACGUCGCAAGAUACAAGAACAAGGUGUUAUGGAAUGACGUUCUACAAGAGCACAUAGCCAGUGUUCUCGGUGAGAACGAACCAAUCUCGGGAGAGCUG